CGUCACCUGAAAAACACAACGCUAUCUAGCAUCAUUGGCUGGCUGGCAGUCUGGAACAGUGAAAUUGGAGCAAGGUAGCAACAUCAUCUUUGGAGGAAAAGACGGUUUCUCAGGUGUGGCGGAACCAACUCAAACAAGCAGCGACCCAAACAAGUCUACAAUGUCAGAACCGGACCCGAAAUCUGUUCAAGAUAUGACCGCUGUGGUCCAGACCUUACUUCAGCAGAUGCAGGACAAGUUCCAGACCAUGUCAGACCAGAUAAUUGGCAGGAUCGAUGAGAUGAGCACUCGCAUCGACGACCUGGAGAAGAACAUCGCCGACCUCAUGACCCAGGCGGGGGUGGAGGAGGGCGAAGGGGGGGAAACCAAGCCCGCAGAAGGUUCCGCUCAGGGGUCGGAGUAAAGACUCUUCCAACAGGAUACUCAGUACUGCAUCAAUUGAAGAUGUUUUUGAGAAGUUGAUAUUUUUUUUUAAUUCUUAUUCAAGGAUGUAUUUUUCUUUUUCCUUUUUGUCAUCAUUGUGAUUUAAUUAUGACUUACUGUGUAUAAGGUCUUUUAUACAGUAUCAUGUUAUUCUAACUAUAAAUAUUGUUGGAAAUGAUGGUCAAAUAUAAUUUACGUUUGUUAACCUUAAA